UUCGGCAAGGACAGACACACAAAGAAGCAAAAGGCUCGCAAAGGCAAAGGCAAGCCGUGAAGCUCGGUGUUCCCGCUGGUUCGCUGAAUCCUGCGAGCGCCGUGAAUCGAUUGGACGCCUUCGGAGGAUACACCAACACCUUAGGCCAACUUCUGUUUCCUGUUUCCUGUUUCCACGGGGGUUCGAUUGUGCUGUUGAGCGAGUUAAAGGGCAUACAAUCCGCAGGGCAGCGAUGGAGCGUCAUGGUCUAGUGCCGGAUAUUGACUGAUUCCGCCUGAAUCCAGUCGACAGAGCCGUGGAAAUCGUAAGCUCGUUUCCAGCUCCACUCGCUCGCCUUUUCUUGGGCGUUGGGUUACGGGAUACGAAGCUAGCACCUGCCCCGGUACCGGUUCCCACUCCGGCAAACUCCCAGCUCUGCAUUCAUCCGAACGAACCACACAACAUGGUGCACGGGACAAACUGUUACUCGCAGAAGCGAAAUGAAGGGGACGCAGCGGUGGCAGUGCCAGCACCGCGGCAAAGGAUGGCCGUUCUGCUACUCCUCUCGCUUGCCCUCGUCAGCGCACUCGGGGUAGCUGACUCGUACAGCGUACCGAUGCGCGAUACCGACCUGCUGCUGCCAGAAGGAUUUUUCAAACGGAUGAGGGACCUGUUCGCCGAACGUGCGUACGAGGAUGCGAUCGCCGGUCCGUCGGUAGGCGCUGGUGGACCGGAGAUGCCCGACGAAGCGGGCCCACCGGUUCCGGUCGACAUGUCGCACCUGGAUAGCCCACCGAAACCGAAGCUGGUGGAGGAUUGGCCCAAGGUGAAGCACAGCUUUGGCCAGGUGACGGCCGUCGCAGUCGAUCUGCAGGGUAACCCGGUUGUCUUCCACCGUGGCAGCCGCAUCUGGACAGCGGAGAGCUUCAACGAUAGCAACCACUUCCAGCUGAUCGCGGAAGGACCGAUCCCGGAGAACACGAUCGCCACGCUGGCGGCUGCCGAUGGUGCGGUGCUGGAUGAGCGUGGUGCCGGUAUCUUCUACAUGCCGCACGGUUUGACGAUCGACCGGAACGGGAACAUGUGGCUAACGGAUGUGGCCCUCCAUCAGGUGUUUAAGUUUAUGCCGGGCCGGGACUAUCCGAGCAUCACGCUAGGGCACCGGUUCGAGCCCGGAUCCUCCAAGAGUCACCUCUGCAAACCGACGGCCGUUGCGAUCGCCAGCACCGGUGAAAUUUUCGUGGCGGAUGGGUACUGCAACAGCCGAUUGCUGAAGUACAAUGCGGCCGGUCGGUUGAUUCGUACCAUUCCGCAACCACCCGAGUUCCUGUCACUCCAGACACCGCACGGGUUGGCACUGCUCGAGCACCUCGAUAUGGUUUGUGUGGCCGAUCGGGAGAAUAUGCGGGUUGUGUGUCCACGGGCCGGUCUGCAGACGUCGUACGGUGAGGGUACACAGGCGGCCACCAUCCAGGAGCCGGAUCUGGGACGCGUCUUCGAUGUGGCCGCCUACGGUGAUCUGGUGUACGCGGUGAACGGACCGACCUCACCGAUGAUCCCGGUCCGUGGGUUCACGAUCGAUCCGCGCUCCGAAACCAUCAUCGAUCACUGGGGCAAGUUUGAGAAUCCACACUCGAUCACCUUCUGCCCGAACGGUUCCGCCAUGUACGUGACCGAGAUCGGUCCGAACCGGGUCUGGAAGUUUACGCUGACGAUGUAAGAAGGACCUGGAAGGAGCUGGUGUGCCCGUUGAGUGAUAUGUGUUACCUGGCGCAGGACGAGCUGCAUGGACGAAGGGACCGUUCUCCGUUCCGCGUCCGCGGCCACCCGGGUGUGAGGUACCGGUGAAGCAGGCCAUCACCAGCAGGCCGCAGGAGGUGCGCACGUGUUCUCAGGUCGGUGACCACAAGUUAGCCCUCGAUACAACACCACACAACACGACCUGCACAGAGAGAAGCAAAAUCAGAUGAACAGUGCGCGCAGCAAAUCGCCAAACCAACCGCGCCCCACCGCAGACGAACCCGGAACAACCAUCGCCGAGGUCCAGAGAUGGAUACGCUUCGGAACGGGAACGGACUUCGAAUCGAAAGCAGCCAGCCUGCUGCCAGGGGAUCAUCGAUCAAUCAUCGCCAAAGCUCCAGCAUGGCACCGACUGACACCCAGGACGGUUUCCAACGCUUGCUAUCUCCAGCCGGCAAGAGUUGGCUUCCGUUCUCCGGUGGCAGCUCAGCGCUACGGAACAAACUAAACAAAGACAACAACAACAAAAAACCGCAGGAGCCGUAAGGGGUAAUCAAAGUAGGACAAACAGCAGAACCAUCGUCAUAAAACCAGGAACAAGGUUUAAAUACAGACCAUCUACAACACGACAACCGGGAUCAUCAAUUGUCUGGUGCAUCUGCAACGAUGAGCCAGCUUCUAAAAAACAUAGCGGUUCCCAUACAAUAGCAUCAAUCAACCCGAACCCGAGAUAUAUUUAGUGGGAUAGUUUUAUAGCAUUAUACCGAUGGCAAACUUCCCAAUAAGUGCGGCUGUUACAGCAUUCACGACUCCAAUUUCUAUACGUAGCUGCAUUAAGAUAAGGUGAAGUGUGCUCCUCUUCCACUCACUUCAACCAUUGCCAACUGCAUACAAGAGCAAGCAGCAAGUAGAAGUUGUUCCAAGAGGUGCUUUCACGAACUCGAAACGAACGAGCGAAAAUAUGAAUAAACUACGCAGCACCAGAGCGAAGCAGAACACAAAAACAUAUAUUUUGCAUAAUCCUCACAGCAAAACAAAGGUAACGUAACUCACGCUCACUCAGCACAAUACCACGAUGGCAACUGCAAAGCUAUGGGCAAAGGUGCAAAACAAGCAACGUUGAUGAUAGCAGCAGAAGAGAGGGUACUCGCAUGAGGCGACACAAUUAUUAUGCAUAUGUAGAUGCAGCUAGAUGCGUUAGAAUGAUAAUGCACCUCCGAUUGCCCGAGCGUGGUGCGCUAGCGCCCGCACGUAAUCGAGAUUAUAACAAUAGAAAUGCUAAAAAUUAACAAGCAACAAACACACAAACACCUACACUAGAGCACCGCGAACGCGUGCAGACGAAUGAUCAAUAAUAUUCUCUAUUAUUCCGAUACAUAACCAGCAAAAGUCAAACGGCAAACCUUAUAUCCUAGUUUAUCCCUACCAACCAAAUAGGGCCACAUAUUUUUAUACGAAGCUAGAAAGUAAAUGCGGGAAUAUGAUAAGGAGUUAUCAAACACACACACUCAGACACAAACUUUUUAAGGGAUUCGCAAAAACGGAAUCGGAAGCGACGAAGAUCGAAUCGCUCGUACUCACGUUCGCGCACACAACACCAUCGUCGGUGAUGCAUCAAAAUCGGAGUUCGGAUCAUGGAAUUCUUUGAAAAGACCCUGUUCGAUCGGUUGAAGAACGUCCAGGUUUUCCUUAGAAUUUCCUCCCUUUACGUUGAUAUCGAUCAACGAUCUUGAACGUAGAGAGAGCCCCGUAGUAAAAUACGAUUUGAAAUUAUUCCGUAGCGUCUUUACAAUAUAAGGCAAAAAAGAAGUUGAAGACAGUAGAGGGAAGACACGGGGAGAGAAGAAGGUGGCGGUAAUAGUCUAUGGUUUCCAUCGUUCUGCCUCGUUCGGGGCAUUCCCGUAGUACCAGCUGAAUGCGUUCUUUUUUAGUGAAAUAUCGAAAACAACUGAAAAUGGAAUCAGUCUAAUCAUCAGACCAUCCGGUUUGGAGAUGGUAUAUAUGCUACGGUAAAAUAUAUGUCACUAACCCUCCUCCCCAACCCUGUGCCACCCCACAAACAAUUAUUGCAUGUUAUGAGCAUUUUGAAAUAUACGUAUGAUACAUACAGAAUGAUGAAGAUGGGAAAAUUGGGUGAAGGAAAGUAAAGCAUAGAAUGCUGGAUGGGCAGAUUAUAGGAAAAUUACUAUCCCUAUUGUACCUAGCGUAUCGAGAACACAACAGAAAAAAUAUACAGACAAAUAUAUAUAUACAGAUAUAUACAGGCAUACAUAUAUACAUACAUUUAAUGAGCAGAAGGCAACAACAAUAAACCUAUUGUUAAGCAAUUUUUGAUAGCUGAAAACCGACACCAACCAACAAUUUAAGCAGUAACAACGCCCCGCUCGUGAUCCUCAGCGUUCGUAAAGUGUUCCUUUUUUGCGUUUGCUAAUCAGGUAAUAGAGGUAUUGCCGUACAGAAAAUAUCAUUUGCCUCAAUUCGAAACAGUACAGCUCAAAAUACGUAUCCCUCAUGCAUCAUUAUCCUCCCAUCAAACGGUAGAGAUAGAGAGAGGGGGAGCGAUUGGCAUACGCAUACAGGACGCUGGCACGUUCUGAUGUGAUUGAAAUGGUUCGAUUUAUGGUGAAAUGUUUAGAAACACAGUCACAUUCAUUCACUUACCAGGUCGAGCCGAGAGGGACACAAAACCAGAAACCAGAAAUUUAUCACACUUCUCUAGCCACUGGAACAUCACUUCACUUACACACUUUGUAGUACAGCAAACAAGUUGAAUAAAUUAUUUAUUUCCUUUUACAGCCUU